GCAUUUGAACACCUAGUGGUUAAUUAUGUAAUGGAGGUCAUCCUAGCUGUGGUUCAACCCAAACAAAAUGUCUUCAGCCAGGAGUACCGACCUAAGCUGUAUAAUAUUCUGCUGCUGGACCACAAAACUGCGUCCUCGGGGGAGAAGGGGAAGCCCACCAAGUACCUCCCCACCUUCCCGCUGACCAACGUCCAGGAGGAGGCUGGGGACGAGGUUCUGGCCAAUCUGUAUCAGCUGACCGGAGGGGAUCACGUCGGCAUCAAAGGAGAGCGUGCUCUUCAGAUUCAGUGGUCCAGUGACAAGUACAGGGAGUCACUCACACGAUUCGCCCUCUUCUGUGUUCCAGUCAACAAGGGAGAUAAGCUGAAUCGUAUGUUUGUGGAGAAGUCUCCAGAUUACCCUGGCUUUUUCUCCCUGGACUACGUGAUUGAUACACUGAACAAUGACACUGUGGCCUACCCUCCCCCUACCAGAACCUUUAUAUCCCAGCUAGAGAGUUGGCUGAGAGAGAAACAUGCAAUGCCUGGAGCAGUUAACAUCUUAUUUAGUCGUCGUGCUGACUAUCGAGUCAAACUCAGUGUCAACAACCCAGCCUUUUUACCUAGUCGGUUUGAGCAUGAACACAAGUCAACAGGAAUGGUUAUAGACUCCACCCCAGACGAGAUCAGGCACACGGCUCGGGAAGCCCUCACAAGGAUGCUGGAAAUCGAGAAAUGUGAGAAGGUUGUCCUGAAUCCCGUGUUUGGAUCCUCAUUUCCGUGUAAACCAAAGGUUGACAGAGCUGAAGUUAACAUGUACUGGGGAAUGGGUGUCCCUGACUACACGUGGCCCAGCUCCCACAGGAACAGCAGCACAGGGGGGUCAUUUGAUAGUUUGUAUCCAGAGAAGUAUCAUAUCCACAAACUUGUGAAUGAGGGCAAUAUCCAAGCCAUUAGGGACACCAUUUCUUUUGCCUCACACCUAGUCGAUGAAAAACACCCCAAAUAUGGAGUCCCCCUUCAUAUGGCAGCAUACAAAGGUUCUGUAGAUGCAGCCAAAAUACUUCUGGAAGCCGGAUGUAAUACAAAUGCUCUGAAUGAGCUUGGUCAGUCCCCGCUACACAUCGCAGCAAAAGAGGGUCAUUGGAAUGUGGUUCAGGAACUGAUAAAGAGGCAGGAAACCAGUCUGGAGCUGUUGGAUAAACAGAACAGGACACCAUUAAACCUCUGUGAACAGGAUCCACGAUCUCCAAAACAUCAGAAGACGGCCAAUCUCAUCAUCUCCGCCAUUAAAAAAACAAAGCAGAUACAAGUGUUUUUAAUGGACGGAACAUCAAAGAUGCUGAACCUAUCUAACGGUGACAACACCACGGUCCAACAGCUUAACCUGCAGCUGCUGAGGGCAUUUCAGCUUCCCCCUAAGCCCUAUGCUGAAUAUUUCACAAUAUGGAUAUGCUCUAAAAGUCUUGAGCUACAAUUAAAAUUGGAGCACAAACCAGUGGAGCACAUCAACAACUGGCGGAGGCGUAUAGUCAGCAUGUUAACAGGCACCACGGAUACCACCAAGGAGAAUCCCACCCUUAAGUGGCGCCGCAACGCCAAAGUGGGCGUGGUCUCAGAGCAGAGGGAGGUGGUUCAUCCCUUAGCCAUCCAGAUUCUGUUUUAUGAGGCCAAGCAUAACUAUAUUAAUGCCUUAUAUCCCUGUAAGGAUCAAGAUGUCCACACGUUUGCCUCCAUUUUAAUUCUCCUGGAGCAUGGAGGGAAGUAUGAUCCAGGAACUGCCAAACACUACCUACAUAAAAACAUAAGUAGUCUGGUACCAGCCCCUAUACUGAAAGCCAAGGGACAGCACUUGUACUCUACAAUAAUGAAGAGGUACAAGGAAUACUGUGGAGGACUGCAGGAGGAAAUCAAAAACUACCAGAACCAGUAUCAACAGUUCCUGCAAGGAAAAUUCCUAGAAUUUUGUCGGAAACUGACAGUGUAUGGAUCUGCAUUCUUCACUGGAAACCUCCAACCCAACAGUAAAUCCUCCAUUCUCUGUCAUAUUGGAGUCAACGAUGUAGGAAUACAUAUCAUAAAUAUGAAGUCUAAAGUGAUGCUUUACAGUUUCCUGUACUCGGACAUUCGAUGGUCUCACCCUGACGACCAGCCCUCCUUCCUGGAGAUUUACACAGUCAAUGAUUCUAGUGAUCCCCGUCAGGUGAAGAUCAAAUCACGGCAGGCGGGACUUAUUGUGCACCUCAUGCAAAAACUCAAAGAUCUGCAUCAGUUUGAUGACAGACAAGUCAACCUUGUGUUCGGGACGGCUGGCCGGAGAUAAAGUGUUGGGGACUGCUGGUCGGAGAUUAAUGUGAUUCACGGUUGUUCAUUCAUGACAUGGUUGUUCAUUUUACACCCUCGUGAUAUUGUGUGAAGACUUGGAAAUGUACCUUUGCGUGUAUGUGUGUGCCUGUUCAUGAUCGAGUGAGGGCAGAAUUGUAUUUGUUGAUUUUUUUAUACAUCAUGUUUUAUUUAUAAAGCUUUUACAUGCACAGUA